AUGGACGCUGCAACUGCGGGCAGCAAGGAGCGGGAGGCCGUGCACCUCCUGGCAGAGGCCGAGAAGCGGGUCAAAUCCUCCCAGUCUUUCCUUAGGGGUUUUUUCGGAGGAAAUACAAAGCUUGAGGAAGCAUGUGAAAUGUACACGAGAGCUGCAAAUAUGUUCAAGAUAGCCAAAAACUGGAGUGCUUCAGGGAAUGCCUUUUGUCAGGCAGCAAAACUCCACAUGCAAUUGCAGAGUAAACAUGAUUCAGCCACCUGUUUCGUUGAUGCGGGGAACGCUUACAAAAAGGCAGAUCCUCAAGAGGCUAUCAACUGCUUAAAUGCUGCCAUCGAUAUUUACACAGACAUGGGCCGAUUUACUAUUGCUGCCAAACAUCACAUUACUAUUGCAGAGAUUUAUGAAUCUGAGCUGGUAGACAUUGAAAAGGCCAUCGCCCACUAUGAACAAGCUGCAGACUAUUACAAAGGGGAAGAAUCCAACAGCUCUGCUAACAAGUGCCUGCUGAAGGUAGCUGUAUAUGCGGCUCAGUUGGAGCAAUAUCAGAAAGCAACUGAAAUUUUUGAACAGAUUGGUACAAGUACAAUGGAUAAUCCAUUGCUCAAGCACAGUGCAAAAGAUUACUUCUUUAAAGCAGCUUUAUGUCACUUCAUUGUCGACGAGUUGAAUGCGAAGCUGGCUCUUGAGAAAUAUGAAGAAAUGUUCCCAGCAUUCACAGAUUCAAGAGAAUGUAAAUUAUUGAAAAAAUUACUGGAAGCUCAUGAGGAACAAAAUUGUGAAGCAUACACUGAAGCAGUUAAAGAAUUUGAUUCCAUAUCCCGCUUGGAUCAAUGGCUCACAACCAUGUUACUCCGCAUUAAAAAGUCAAUUCAAGGAGACAACGACGGGGACCUAAAGUGAACUGUCUGUGCAGUGUGUGGCAUUGUGACUUGUCUGUUGAAAUAUCCUGUGUCAUGGCCAAGGAUCAUUAUGGAAUAUAUGAUCAAUGCUUUUUGCUUAAUUGACUGGUGUCUUGUUUAAUAUCCUGUUGUGGCUCAUUCAUUGUAACUGUGAACAUGAAUUUAUAUUGUU